AUGUCGUUAGAAUCCUUGGCCAACGAAUUAUUUGUUAAUAUAUUCGAAUAUCUAAGCACUGCUCAUCUGUUGCAAACAUUUCAUGGUCUCAGCUCUCGUUUUGAUCAUCUUCUCAACAUCUUUUUUCGAACCAAUCGAAAUCUAGACUUCCGUUCUAUUUCUAAGUCGAAAUUCGAUAUAGUUUGUCAACAUAUUGUUCCAACGAUUAUUGAUCGCAUUAUUUCAAUUCGACUCUCCGAUGAUGAUCAAACUCCACAACAAAUCGAUCUUUUUCUUUCUCAAUUUUCAUUGUCUCGUCAAUGUAUUGAACUGCGAUCACUUUCACUCUAUCAUAUUUACUCUGAGCAGACGAUCACAAGAAUUUUAUCAGACCUUUCCUACCUUCAAAAUCUCAAUUAUCUCACCAUUGACACUAUAUAUAUCGAAGAAGGAAAUAUUUUCUCGCAAAUGCUUGAUGUUAUUUGGGGUCUACCUGCACUGACUCAUUGCUGUAUCAGAAACGUGAAAUGGAAGCCUCCUGCUAAUUUUAACUAUGGAACAGUGAUCUCAUCAACUCUUGAACAUUUGUCUCUCACUGGUGAAUGCAUUAGUUUGCACCAAUUGGCUCGUUUAUUCCAGAAUACCCCGCUUCUGCGAACUCUUACUGUCGGAAUCAACAAAGAUUAUGAGAGUGGAGAUGUGUUAGCUACUAUUCCUUCGAUGAUUACAUUGAAAAUUCAUUGGAUUGUAAAUUCUAUGAAGGUGUUGACCGACUUUUUAAAAAAGAUGCCUAAUUUACGUCGAUUGAAAAUCAAAUUAGAAUUGACUCAACUAAGUUUGAAUGGAAAUCAGUGGAAGGAAUUCAUUCUCGAUUACUUACCUAAAUUGAAAGAUUUUCAUUUUGACAUGAAAAUUUUCAUACCUAAUGAAAGAAGUCCAAUAGAAGAAAUAAUCGAUAAUCUAUUGAAUUCAUUUCGAACUUUCUUUUGGCUUCAUGAACGUCAAUGGUUUGUUCGAUGCGACUGGAGCGUGGAGAAUAGACAUUCAUUUGCAAGCCUUUAUACAGUACCGUACGCUUUUGAUAAUUUCUCUUAUUACAAUAGGAGCAUUAGUAAAUCAACUUACGAUGAUAUCGAUACAUUGAUUUACACUAAUGUGUACAGUCUUUUGUACAACUCCUCAUUUUCUAAAUCUACUUAUUUUCCUUCUGUUCGCUUCUGUAAUGUUCAUCAUCUCAAAUUAAACUGCUCUGGGGCAGAUCAACCUCUAUCUGUUAUUCCCAAACUUGAUAGGUUGAUUUCGCUUGAUUUAUCGCUGUAUCAAGAUUGGUCUUUAUGUCAACUUGAAACUCUACUAGAUAGUGCACCUAAUCUAUACUCAGUUAUCUUUAAUAAAUUAGCUUGGCUGCAAAUUCAGUCUAUUAACGUCAGGAGCAAAUCAAUUCGUCGACUUGUUUUGAAAGGAUAUUUCGAAAAUAUAAGAUGCAAAGCAUUCAUUCGUUCUCAAUUGGGAGGUCUUUGUGAAGUACUUGUAAUUAAUGUUACGGAUCGAACAACCAUUCUUGAACUUAUUAAUACAAUGACUAAUCUUCGAUCGUUGAAUUGCAAAUGUGCUGAUGAUAAAUGGAUGGGAACCACACAGUAUUCAAAUUCUGCAAACGAUGGACAUAUCACUUGGUUACAACAGAAUUUGCCAUCUAAAUAUUCGAUUACUCGAGACUGGCGUACAGGGCAUAUUCGAAUAUGGAUUCAUCGAUAA